UCUAUUUAGAGAUAUCUCCAAAUGAACAGGAAGUUAUUUGAAGAUAUCUUCAAAUGAUUUAGAGAUAUCUCCAAAUGAACAGGAAGUUAUUUAGAGAUAUCUCUAAAUGAUUUACAGAUAUCUCGAAAUAAACAGGAAGUGUGUACCUUACGUUUGUUUUUGUUAAUAAACGUACGCCAUUUGCAUUUGGGGGCAUCACUGUUAUAAUUCUAACAAUGAAGUGAAGAUUGUAUUUUUUUUUUAUUUAACCUCAUUAUUUUUUUUGUACUGGAAAAAAAGGUAAGUACAUGAAUAGUACCACUAUUUAUGUUUAUUUAUGAUUUUUGACAGAAAAAAUAAUCGUGUAGUACAGUAUAACUUAAGCGUCGGGAUGUGCUUAUGUGUAAGGUACAAAAACGUUCAACGAGAUAAAUGAUUUUAGAACAAAGAAUUAGUUAAGGUUUUUGUGUAAAAGAAAAAGAAAAAAAACCUAAUGAAAAUAUAACGUGAGACCAUCUGUAUACUUGAUUAGAAGUUAAGCGUGCAAACUUCAUACAAAACAGGUACAAUUAUUGUUGGGUUCAAUAUAUUAUUAUGUGUGUACGUUGUGGCAGCUUGACAUUGAGUCGCUAUUAUGUGACUGCGAGCUAAUGGAGAAUAUUAGAACAUAAUUGCGUUGCAGAUAUGACAUGUUAAUUCAGACUGGUCGCGCACCACUUAAUAUGUUCUUCGUUGCGAUCUGGAAGCUUUUCCGACUGUUGUUGGGGGUGAGGGGUCAUUAACAACAUAUAAGACAACAUAUAGGUUUCACAUUUACACAAUGAAUAGUAAUUAUGCGACCUUUAUGUAAAUUGCACUCGUGUCCAGCUGUCGGAAAACAUCAAAAAAGUUUUUGAUUUUCUUAUGGAAACAAAAACAGGUUAAAACAGGCAGGGAGUUUCGCACAGACACUUGAUAUUCGGGCAACAGGUCGUGCGCAACGCCGCAAGACAUAUUUUCUUUUCAUGUCCCUCCACGGCUCCGUGCUUCUUUUCCGAUACUGUGACUGUUUUCAAACAAUCAACAUUUCACUUAUAGGCUACUAAUCAUUAACAGGUAUAUAAUUAAAAAAUCUGUACUGUGAAUGAUACAGUAAUGUGUGUGGUUAUGCAGAGCACUACGUUCUUUUGUGGGUGUUUAUUAUGUAACUUUAUAUAACCCUUUGUAAAUAUUCACAGCAUUAUUUGAUUACAGAGGUCUGCCUCAUGACAGGUGAAAGAGAGCAGGUACACGGGGUUUUAACCCGCGCCCUGUCAUCAGUUCGCCAAGCGGAAUCUGAAUUGAGGUCUCAUACAACUGACGAUAUAGAUGAUUUUGAUGCAGCCUCUUUUGUCAGUGAAACAAGGGCCUUGUUUAGAAGUAGAUCUGUGGACUCAUCACAAAGGACAGGAAAGAGAGGCAGAAAAAAAGGACGGCAAAGGGGACAUUUAUGGAAGACUAAUUUUUUCUUACUGCAAAAGAACAAUGAAGAAUUUGUACCACCACCGUCUGAACUAUCAAGACUGACAAGAAAUGGAUUAGGAGUUCCUAAAUGUGAACAACCUGCUACCAAUGAAAGAUAUGGUUCAAAAUCUACUGUUCAGCGAAGCUGGAGUUUAAGACAGUUAGAGAAUUUUGUGCAAGAUAGUUUUCCUGACGUUCCUUUGCAUCUAACUGGCUUUACCUUUGCAAAGGCAGAGAAGGGUCGGCGUCUUAGUAAGCUAAACAUAACGUCUGCAGCUGACCUACAAACCAAGAUAGGAAAAGGAAAGAUUUUUAUAGUUCCUAAUCGUGAUAUACCAUUGCCAAUUGAGAGAACAGAAGGAAGGAUGUUAAAUGAAAGCCGUCAAGUAACAGCAGGAAGCAAUGCAUCAGUGACCCAAUUGCAAGUUCAGGAGCAGGUGCAUAUACAAGAAUUGUCAAAUGGAAAUAUUGGUACAAGGACUUCAGAAAAUCCCAUUGUAGAAGACUACCACCAAAGAGAAAAUGAGGUUAUGCAACAACAUGCUACCAAUGCAAUGGCUGAUCUUCUAGAAAAUGAAACAUCAGAAAACAUCCCACAAAGGGCAGCUGAGUUUCAAUUAUCAGAAUGGACUACUCAUCCAUCAACGCCUCCACCACUACCUUUCUCAUAUGUAAAUGCUGACACACCAACAGUUCAGCUCCACCAGUCUCUUUUGGGAGAAAAGGAGCAGGAGCUUGAAAGAGCUUUCUCUGAUCUAGAUGUGUUAUUGGAAGAAGAAGUUACAGUUGAAGUUAAAAGACACACUGUUCUAGAAGAUGUACAAAGAAUUUACAGUAAUCAAAGUAUCAUCAAUAAACGUUUACAUGUUAACUUUAUUGGGGAAGAGGGAGAUGACUUUGGUGGGUUAACAAAAGAUCUUUUUUCUUCUUUUUGGAACAGUGCUUUCAUUCAGUGGUUUAAAGGUGAGGAUGCUCUUGUCCCAUGUAUACCAGUAAAUCAAUAUGCCAAAGCGCCGGACAUUUUUUCUGUUGUUGGUAACGUUUUGUCACAUAUGUGUCAGCUUAAUCAUUGCGUGCCACCCAGAUUUUGUAGAUCAACACUGCUAUCUGUUGUGUUUAAUACCUCUAUGAUUGAUAGUAGAACACUGUUGGAUGACUUUAUGCUCCAUGUAACAGUACCUGAACGAACCUUGCUGCAAAAGGCUUUGAAUAGUUUUGAAAAACUAAGCAUUUCUGAAAAAUCUGACUUGCUGACCUUUUAUUCUGUGAAUGGCAUGCACACAGUUCCUUCAGCUAAAGAUUUUAGAGAGCAACUGGUUCUUGUAGCACAAAAUGAACUGGUAAUAAAACCAAUGUUCUUGAAUUGCUUUAUAAGGCAGGCUAUUCUAGAGUCUCAUAUGAGAGCAUUUUGGUCACAGUUAGAUACAGACUUAAUUUCGUACCUGUACUGGCAGGAGAUGCCUACUGCAGACCGUGUGUUGCAGUGUAUAACAACUUCUGAAAAAGACCUGAAACCUGAAGAAGAAGUUGCUUAUUACUAUUUACGUGACUUCAUCAAGUCAGUGGAUCAGGAUGAAAUGUCCAAAUUUCUGCAUUUUGUUACAGGAUCCCCAUUACUGCCAAACGAUGGCAUUACAAUAGUAUUUAAUAGACUUUGUGGUAGCCUGAGGAGACCUAUUGCACACACUUGUAGCAAUACACUAGAGAUACCAGUAAGCUAUGCUUCAGUACAGGACUUCAAACGAGAAAUGAAAUCCAUUCUAAAUUCAGAGAAUGCAUUUAUAAUGACAAAGAUUUAAGGUAGUGGUUAGAAUCACAGCAGCUUUAUCUGAAGUCAAGUGACGUGAAGAAUCAUUUGACAAGGGAUGUUUUUAUAUAAAAAAAAUAUAUUUUACUUGUAAAUGCCCAACUACUUAAGCCUGCUUCUUUCAUAAUGAUUUGUAAAGCCUUGAUAGCAUGACUUCCCAGGAACACCACAGCGUAAAGCCUGUAAAAAAUGGAGGGUCAGCAAUCAGUUGAGAUAAAAAUUUAUAGUUUUCUGUUCCAAUUCGCUUUUAAUCCAUUCCAAUUACUUUUAUGACAUAGGCUUUUUAUUGAGCACAUAUAUAUAUAUACACACACAGUAAUCUGUCGUUUAUCCGCUAUGAUCAAGCUCUUCAGUAACAUUCGUUUGUUAUUGAACAGAGAGGAUUAGUUCAGAGAUUGUAGAUCCUACCAAAGUUUUUGUACACUUUCGUGGUAUGUGCUCCGUGCGCUACCAUUGCUGGUAGUGUCACGUGAGCAGUUCAGUGUGUUGAUGUGCAAAUAAAACCUGUUCGCCUGCGGGGCAUAUCAACUCCAUCUCGAUCUCCUGCCUGUCACUCAGCAGCAGAUGCACGCAUCCACAUGACAGACGUCUACCCUGUCACAAGCAUUAAUACCCUGUAUCUAUCUUCUCAAGUGAUUUAGGGGAGCUCCCUAAUAAAAGCCCAAUCUCAAAACAAUAAUUAUGUGAAUAUAGUAAUUGUUACAACUGUGUAUAAUGAUAUUUAAAACAGGAUUCAUUUAACCGACUUUUUACAUAACCACCCU